UUCGCACAAUAUUCUUAAUUUAGUAAUCCACAUGUGUGUAUAUAACUUUAAAGUUUUGAUCGAAACCUACCAUGACUAUUUGAAAUCAAAUCCAACACUCAGUGAUCCAAAAACAAUCAUCUAUAUCUAAAUUAAAACCCCUAGCUACAACCAUCAAACCACCAUAAAAAGCCCCGGCGGCCGCAACCUAGAAUUCCAUCCACCAACCGCCGCCAGCCGCCGCACAUAUGGCGGAAUGUACCAAGAUUUUCUGGGCAGCCGAUUUUUCUCAUUUUCUUGUAUAUACCCUUUUGUUCUUUGGAGUUUUCUACAUUCUCAUCUCAACUAACCCUACCCAGUCCAACAAUAGCCUCAUAUCCAUCUUUCCCACCCAAAACCCUCCUUCCCAUUCCCCAUCAAUGACCAAUAACAGUCAAAAUAGAAUGGUGCAUUACAGAGAUAAGCUUGACGAGGCCUUAGCCGGGGCUUGCACGGAGGACAAGACGGUGAUAAUCGCCGUCGUGAAUAAAGCUUACGUGGAAGGGGACAAGCCGAUGUUGGAUCUCUUCUUGGAUGGUUUCUGGCUAGGAGAAGGUACUAGGAAGUUGGUCAAACAUUUGUUGAUCGUGACCGUCGAUCAAACGUCGUAUGAACGGUGUAUGUUUCUUGGACUGCAUUGCUACAAGCUCGAAACGGACGGUGUGGAUUUCGUCGGAGAGAAACUGUAUAUGUCCGCCGAUUUCAUAAAGAUGAUGUGGAGAAGGACUCAAUUCUUGGGACAAGUUCUCAAGCUCGGUUACAGCUUUAUCUUUACGUGCAGGAUAGUGAUGUUCUAUGGCUAAGAGAUCCAUUCCCUAAAUUGAGGAGCACAAAUGAAACCCUAGACCUCCAAAUCAGUACAGACAUUUUCAACGGCGACGACCGGUCGGAAUCCAACUCGAUCAACACCGGGUUUUACAUGAUCCGGCCCAACAACCGAACCAUCUCCCUAUUCGAUUCCUGGUACGCCAUGAAAAACUCCUCGGACGGAAUGAAGGAACAAGAUGUGUUGAACAAGUUGAUCCGCCAAGGCACGCUCAGAGAAUUAGGGCUCAAAGUUCGGUUCUUGGAUACCCGGUUUUUCAGCGGGUUUUGUCAGGAUAGUAAGGAUGUUGAGUCGGUCGUGACGGUGCAUGCCAAUUGUUGCCGGACCAUAACCGCCAAGCUGGCGGACCUGACGGCCGUGAUUCACGACUGGCGGAGGUUUAAAAGCUUCUCCGGCGACGGCAACCGGACGGCUGCGUUUCAAUGGUCUCGGCAUGUUAACUGUGUGGAUUCCUGGAAGACACCUUAACUUGAAUUUGUGUAACAUUUGUAUUUGUACUAGCCACACACGUAGUAUAUACUACCUCCGUCCCAAUUUAGUUAACCAAUAUUGACUUUUCCGGGCAAAGGUGUACACUUUGACCAAUUAUUUUAACUAAUAUAUUUAUGAAAAAAUAAUAAUUUUAUACUUUUAUAAUAGUAUUUUCAACAAAGAACAUUUUCAUAUAAUUUUUAUAUCUUUAAUAUUUUUUUUAUAUAGAUAUAUAAUCGGUCAAAGUUAGGUACCAUUGACUUGAAAAAACAAGUUUGACUAAGUAAAUUGGGACGGAGGGAGUAUUAAUAAUAUAGUACAGUAAUAUACUAUCCUCCGUCUCUUUUUAAUCGCAACAUGUUGAAUUUUACACUAUUCACAUGUUCUACUUUGACUACAUUUUAUGUUAUUAUUUUAUGAAAAUUAUUAUUUUAAAAAAAUAUUGUUCAAUUCAUCUCAUUACAAAUUUUUAAAAUCUAAUUUUUAAAUAUUUUUUACUAAUAGAGAUUAAUAUAUAAUUACGGUCAAAGACGUGCGUUGGCAAGUGUGAAAUGUUGACCGUUGCAACUAAAAAAGAACGGAGGAAGUAUAUUCUGAGCUUGAUAGGUUUAUCGUUGUAUCAAUAUACGUAGUAUAUCAAAACGAUAUAUAUGGUUCAAAUUAGUGGAAUUCUCUUUCCUUUUACUCUCUCCGUGUAGUAAUUCUCAUUAUAUUUUGUCUUUUAGUUCAAUUGAUCUCAAAUUGUAACAUUUUACGGAGUACUUCCUUCAUUCUUUUUUAAUUGCAACAGUCAACAUUUCACGUUUGCCAAUGCACAAGUUUGACCGUUAAUAUCUUUUAUUCCUUAUUAAUAAAAAAAUUAAAAAAAAAUCAUAUUUUGCAAAUUUAGAAUAAGAAGAAUUUAACAAUAUUUUUUAAAAAUUUAAUUUAUUAUACAUCAAUUAAUAAAAUGUAGUCAAAGUAGAACAUGUGAAUAGUGCAAAAAGUACAAUGUUGCAAAUAAAAGAGAAUGGAGUAGUAUGUUUUUUCCACACAAUAUAAACUAUGGCAUAUACCUAUGGCAUUUCCGUAGUAUGUGUAAUCUCG